AUGAUUCGAUUAAUAACAAACAAUGGCAACCACAAGAUUGCAGAAACAUUUGCUACUGUAACCAACAGAUUCCAAAACAAUGAGCACCAGCAGCUAUCCGGAAGCGAGGGUUCUCGAAAUGAUCGCCACCGGUUCCAGCAAGGCCUUCCGUACUACUUCGACGCCUCUUUUCCUCCGAUCGAUCAUGACAAUCACCACCUUCUCCUCCUCAAGCCACUCUUUGACCCACAAGUGUGGCAAGCAAAGAAUCCCUCCCUUGUCUUUGACUAUUCCAAUACUACUGCUUCCGAAGGAUCUUUCAAUGUAUUGCCAAUACAACAACAACCACAAUCGCCAGAAACAGAUAUCAUACCGAAUAUCUUGGUUGCCUCACUGCCCUCCUUGGAAGACCAUGAAGGACAGCUUGCCCUGGAAUUGACCCACGAGGCGGCUGACAGUAUUGACGCCCAAAUAAUUGUGCUGCUUGUUCCGCCACCUAAAAGCUCCUUUUGGCAGUUUGACUGGAAACAACAAUUGGCAGAUCUAUUGCGUGUGGAUCGUACUACAAAAGACUUUGACUAUGUCGUGGUGGAGCCAUCCCAAACCCACGCAUUCCAAGAGUUGCUACUGGAAAAUGGUGGAAUUCUGUUGGAUGAGUUCACAAUAAGAAUGGAUGACAGCACAACAAGUUACAACAACAACAACAACUCUCGGUUUGCAAUCUUGAAUCCUCUGGUGUGCUUUGGCUUGCCCAUCUUCUUUUGGUUCUUGUGGGGACGAUGGCUCGGCAAGAUGGCCGACAGUUAUCUUCCUCAAUCGGCUGCUAUUCUGCAGUACAACUUUUCCAGCCAAGACGUGGGGCCACCACAAGUGCUUCCUAUACACAAUAAUGAUGAGGAACCUCCGUGUUGUGCCAUUUGCCUCGAGGACAUGACACCGGGAACCACCAAGGUUUGUGUCUUGCCCUGUCGACACUAUUUUCAUCCCCAUUGCAUGGAUGAGUGGCUUUCCCAUGCGUCUGCAUCGCAUUUCCAUCGGGGAUUGCAACAGAUUACUUCUUGCUGUUGGUGCCCUUUGUGCAAGUAUGAUUUGACGCAACAUUGUCUAGAACAACAACAACGCCGUCGGGAGGCGUCUGCCGCCGCCCCGCAAUCAUUACAACCAGGCACUCAGGCUGUGGAGGUCGAAUGGUCGAUCCCCACGAGACAUCAUGGACGAGUACUGGCGAGACGAAGAAGUGGGGAGAUUCAUGCGCUACCGGUAUAG